UACGAUCUGAUGCAAUCUGGUGUAUAUUAAUCAAAUUGUUGGUCCUAGUGUUCAACGGAAUUGUCCUUAUACGUUACAGCGCUAGUUCUCGCUACAUUUAGGCGCCAAGUCCCUAGCUUACCAUGCCUCCGAAACUCGACCCUACUGCUGUUACUUAUUGUUAUUUAAGAGUUAUUGGUGGUGAGGUGGGUGCAACAUCAUCUUUAGCACCGAAAAUUGGUCCCCUUGGCUUGUCUCCUAAAAAAGUCGGUGACGAUAUUGCAAAAGCAACUCAAGAAUGGAAAGGUCUUCGUAUUUGUGUCAAGUUGACCAUCCAGAACCGACAAGCGACCAUCAGUGUUGUCCCUACGGCUUCUUCUCUUAUAAUCAAAGCCCUUAAGGAAGAGCCUCGUGAUAGGAAGAAAGUGAAGAACAUAAAACACAAUGGGAACUUGACAUUUGAUGAGAUAAUAGAAAUUGCACGAACGAUGAGACCUAGAAGUAUCGCCCGUGAGCUUUCUGGAACAGUAAAAGAGGUUCUGGGAACGGCACGAUCGGUUGGCUGUACAGUUGAUGGUGAGUCUCCCCAAGUCAUAAUCGAAAAAGUAAAUGCUGGGGAAAUAUCGGUACCUGCAGCGUAGAUGCAAAUAAACUUUUGGUACGUGAUGA